CGAUGUGGGAUCGUAUCGAGGAGAAGUUCUUCACGGCGAUGAAGAAGGACGGCUCCUACCGAACCCGGGACCAACUCAUCACUUCCAAAUGGUGCCACAUCAACAAAAGAGUCCAAAAGUUUAUGGGAGUUUACGAGGAAUGCUCCCGGUCCCGGAGGAGCGGCACUGACGACGCCGAUGUUCUCCGGCUUGCCACGACCUGGUAUCAAGACGAUGGGCACCAAGGCAAGAUCCACCGUCGAUGCCGAGGUUGAGGUCGACGAGACUAUCAGUUCUACCGAUCAAAUCCCUCCCUUCAACAAUGCGGAUUCCGAUGAAGAGGACCCUAUUCCACGGCCGAUUGGAAUAAAGAAGGCAAAAUCCAUUGGCUCUGGUUCGGGAGGGUCCGCCUUUGUUUCCGCUUCUCCCCGCGACGAAAUCGGCCGGGCAAUGAUUGAAGAGCUUCGGGCGUUCAAUCUCCAAGAACAAGAGAGGUUGAAGCUAAAGGAGCAGGAGGCCGAGAUGAAAGUCAUGCAAACUGACCCCGCGACGUUGUCGGAGUUUGGAUGAAUGAUCUACGAGCAAAGAAUGAGAGAGAUCAAGGAGAAAUAUAAUUUACCUUAGUUUUUUUAUUAAUAUGUUCGAUGCAUUAUAUAUCUUUACUUAGCUUCUUCGAUGAGCGUAUAGUACUUCCUCCGUCCCGCUAUAUUCGUCCACUUUUGACUUUUGGAACUGUUCAUCUAAGCACUUUGACUCAUCAAAUUCUCUCAAUGUGUAAGCCUAAAUAUAGUCAUGUGUGAUCUUGUUUGAUUUGUCUUAACAUAUAGAUUAUUAAUAUAUAAUUUCUAUAAUUUUUUAAUAUACAAAUUACAAGAUAAAAUGGAUUAAAGAAGUGCAUUGGAU